GCUGCCCUGAGCUCAGAGUAAACACGGAGUGGAGUCCUGUAGGAGAGACAGACAGACAGAGAGAGAGAGAAAAGCUCCGAGUCACUUUUGAGAGACUGUAGAGUUUACAGCAGGGUGAAUGAGUGGUUUCUCUCCGGAGGGGGGAGAGAGAGAAAGAAAAAAAGCAAGUAAGCCCAUGUUGGAGUAAAGUGGAGGAGUAAAGUGGAGGAGAGGAGUGAGGAGGAGUGGAGUGGAGUGGAGAGAGGAGGAGAGGAGUGAAGGAUCUGCAGGGCGGCUCACUGACACUGAAGACAUCUCUCUUGUUGGAGCCAUGAUUCUUGCCAAUCCAGUUGGUCCAGCAGCCCUCCAAGGUGUGAUAACUGCAGACUAACGAGCAGAUCUAAUCUGAGGCAGGUGUCAAUUUAGGGAAAGGAAAUUGACUGGGUUCGUCCAUGGCAUAACCCCGGGUCUUCAGCCUCCUCCUGGGGAAGUGGCUGUCCAGUCCCUUGCCUGAUCAGUGUGACACUUCGCCGUGGUAACCGUAACCAUGCCGGCCCUCGCCACAGGACCCGGCCCUGAUACAGGUCUGUAUGAGCUGCUGUCAGUGUUGCCGUCUCAGCUCCAGAUGUAUGUAAAGAGUCCAGAUGAUCGCUCUUUUCUCCACGCCAUGUUCAGCGCCCGGAGCCUGCACUCGCUUGUCAAGAUCCAUGAGAAGUUACAGCACUAUGAGGAAAGGUGUCCUGCUCCUGUUCUGCACAGCGCUGGUGCUCUCACACAAGAAGUGUCUGAGGAGCUCCAGACGAAGCCUAUGAGUGCAGACAUCACUGAGCUGCUGAAGCUGCUGUCAAAGCCUCAUGUGAAGAGUUUGUUGUCGGUUCAUGACACCGUGGCCCAGAAGAGUUAUGAUCCUCAUCUUCCUCCUCUCCCAGACGAGAUCGAUGAUGAUGAAGAUUCAGUCAAGAUCAUCCGACUCGUCAAGAAUAAAGAGCCUCUAGGGGCCACCAUUAAAAAAAAUGAAAAAAACGGAGCUGUCACCAUCGCUCGCAUCAUGAAGGGAGGAGCAGCAGACAGGAGUGGGCUGAUCCACCUGGGAGAUGAGCUGAAGGAGGUCAAUGGCAUCCCAGUGGAGGGCAAGAAACCAGAGGACAUCAUUCAGAUUCUGUCCCAGUCUGAGGGUGCCAUUACAUUUAAAGUGGUACCGGGUCCAGAGACAGAAAGUUCAGCCAGUGAGCCCAAGGUGUACAUGAAGGCUCUGUUUGAUUACGACCCGGAGGAGGACAAAGCGAUUCCCUGUAAGGAGGCAGGUUUGGCCUUUAAGAAGGGUGAUGUUCUGCGGGUCAUGUGUCAGGAGGACCCUACGUGGUGGCAGGCCAAAGUCGACGGCGGCGCCAACUCUCGUGCCGGACUCAUCCCCUCUAAACACUUCCAGGAGAGGAGGUUUGCUAUCCGACAGCCGACGUUCGACACACAGCCUCAGAAGAUCUCUCGCAAACCAUCUCGUUUACGGAGGAGCUUCCGUCUCAGCAGAAGAGGAAAGAAGAGGAACAAGUCCAUGUACGAGUGUAAAAAGAGCGAGCAGUACGACACCGCUGACGUCCCCACGUAUGAAGAAGUGGCGCCGUACUGCAGAGCUCAUGGAGCCAAGCACAGACUCGUCAUCCUGGUCGGUCCUACAGGUGUGGGUUUGAAUGAACUGAAGAGGAAGCUGUUAAUAUCUGACCCGCAGCACUUCAGCGUCACCAUCCCUCACACAUCUCGAGUGAAGAGGAAUCAGGAGAGUGAUGGUGUGGAGUAUCACUUCAUCACUAAACACCUGUUUGAAAUGGACAUCCUCAACAGCAAGUUUAUUGAAUACGGUGAGUAUAAGGGAAAUUACUACGGGACGAGCCUCGACUCAAUCCGCUCAGUUAUCGCCAAAAACAAGGUGUGCCUUCUGGAUGUGCAGCCUCAUUCCCUGAAACUCCUUCGCACGGCUGAGUUCAAGCCCUACGUGGUGUUCGUCAAGCCUCCGUCCGUCGAGCGUUUGAGAGAGACCAGGAAGAACGCUAAAAUCAUCUCGGCAAAAGGAGACAAGGAUUCGUCCAAACCCUUAACGGAAGAAGACUUCCAGGAGAUGAUCAGCACCGCUCAGCUGAUGGAGAACCAGUACAGUCAUCUCUUCGACCUGGUGCUUGUGAACGACGACCUGGCAUGUGCAUUCGGCGAGCUCAAACAGGCUCUGAGGAAGCUGGAGACGGAGACGCACUGGGUUCCAGUCAGCUGGACGCACUCCUGAGGGGACGCCACGAUGGACGGAUACAGGGGGCAGAAAAUAAACCUGCGACGGCACGUUUAAAAAUAAAGACGAGAACCAGGACAAAGGAGACGUUGUUUUGCGAAGCGUGACUGCUGACCGAGCUUUCAUUUAGCCUAAAUCUGGUGACGGGACAGUCGGGAGGUUGGGGGGAGGGGCGGCGGCUUGCGGGGAUUUUUAACGGCUCUCGAACGCUUUUAUAGGCUCCUGCAACACUAAAAGAAGGAAUUUUAGGUUUGUUUUUGUGUGUACUUGGUCAGCAUGGCUGGACUCGGAGCGAAGUGUCUAAUUACACUCAAAAUGUCGUUAAACAUGGGAUCGUUUAGCGGCAGCUGUCGAAGUGUGUGUUUACUUGACAGCCAGUCAGGCGGUUGGGCAGCGUGUGAUUUUAACUUUAAUUUAUAAACACCAAAGGGAUGAGGUUUUUUUUUUUUUUUUUAACCCCUGUGGGCUGAUUUUACAUUUUUUUUUAAUUUUGAGUAGUCUUAAAUCUUGGGGGUUUUUUUUUAACACAACACUGAAGAACAAUCUCCUCUGGUGUUGUUAUAUUUAACUAGAAAAGUAAUAUAUUUUAAUAAAUUUCUGGGGUUUGUGUACUUUUUUUAUAAACAAAAGCAAUAUCCUGACUUCUCUCGAGCAGCGGUCUGGGUUUAGUGCCGAGGUUCUCCUUAGGAUCAGAAAUGUAUUCUGGACAGCAAGCGGGUGAUGGAUUUAUAUUUCUAUUUAUAAAUAUCACGUGAUUCUGCUUUCAGUCUGUUCUUCCUGUCUGUCGAGACAUUUGCAGGAAGAGGAACAGCUUUGCUGUUAUUACAGGUACGCUAUCUACACGUCAUUAAACAAUAAAACUGCCUCAGGUUUCCUCUUUUCCUUCCACGCCCAAGAAACACAUUUAUACUUUUUAAAAUAUUUUUAUUUUAAUUUAACACAGAUUCAGAAAUCUGGUUUAAUAUUAAAAGUAAUAUUCAGCCACGAUGUUUGUUUGCAUUUGGGGUUUUAUAGUAUUGUCAUUUUAUUUGCACAAUGUUCAUGAAUAUUGGUGUUUAAAUGAUAAAAUUCAAGAUUUUAUAUUAUAAUCGAUCCACAUUCACUGGAUUUUGAGAAACGGAGCAUUUUAUUUUUUUUGCAAAUUCGAUAAAUAAAACCUUUUUAUACAAAACGUCUGACAAAAUCGUUUCCGCUUAGAAUGUAAACAAACUGGCGAAAUGACCGGAGCAAUUUGUGAAAAAUGCUAAUAAUAAUAAUAAUAAUUCUUGAAAUAUAUAUUUUUUUAAAGAUACGCUCUUACCAUCAAAUACUUUUAUUCUAUAUUUUGUUGCUUUUGUAUUUUUUGUGGGUUUUGUUUUUAUUUCGUCCUCGGUUGCUUCAGCAGCACACUCCGCCAUUUUGUUUUACUCUACUCACAGUAUAUGAGCCGAUAUCCUAGUAGUAGAGUAGCCAAUCAGAGCACACGAUUGCUCAUAUCCAGUGAAUGUAGAUAGAAUAAAUUACAUAUUUCCCUUGAAUUGCAUAGCCGUAGUCUGUUUAACUACUUUGCAUUACAAAUGCAUUAUAAAAAUCUAAUUUACACAUUUACCCUCAUUAAAAACGCGAAGAUGUGUGAAUAUGCAUGAUAUACGAUAAAACUUGAUUAAUCCCGAGGGAAAUUCUUGUGCCAUAACAAUACAGUAUAAGUUAAAAUACAACAAUACAAGCUCAAGGGGGAAGAAAAAAAAAAAAAAAACUUGUAUGUAAUAAGAACCGUGCAAGAAAUAAAUGCCGAAAAACAGUGUUUAAUAGAAGAACAGCAGAAAUGCUGUAAGUGACAUAAGGGGAAUGGAGCAAACAAAAUCGAGAGCCUCGAACGGUAGAAAUACGGCCAGUUAUUUAGAGACGAACAUAAUGGUGAAAGUAAAUAUUGCACAUACAGUAUGUACUUUCACCAUGAGGUUGGUCUCUUAAAUAACUUACUGUAUUUCUCCUGUUAGAAUGCUACCAGUAAAUAUGCAAAUUAGACCCUCGCCACAUCAUCCUGCCGUCUCAGUUCGAUAAUAUUUCUAACAUCGGCAAACCUAGCUAGGAAGCUAGUAAACUAUUUCGCAUUCCAGUCUUGAUUUGCGUCGUCGUUUAGCUAAAGAUGAAUUUAACAGAAGCCGAAUUUGUCAAAUAUCUAACGUUACCAUGACUACCGCGAUAUCAUUCAGUUUUUGUUAAGAUUAGCUAGCUAGCUUAGAUCGCAGUUACUUACUACUUCUGUUAACCGUUUGCAGGUACUGGAACUCUAACCACAUCGCUUUUUAUAUAAAAGGGUUGUUUUUACGAGGGGAAAAAAAAAAAUCCCCAAACUCUCAAAUCUAUUAAAUCAGAAACACCUUUCUAUAACAGUAACGCUGUUUCAACGUUAUGCUUUGGAGUUCAGGAAUAUUUUCUAGGGCGACCAGACGUCCCGGUUUUACCAGGACAGUCCCGAUUUGGGGUUGUGUGUCCCAAGUCCCGACAAAAGUCUGUCGGGACACGGAUAUGUCCCGGUUUUCGCCACUCGCGACAUUUGCGACUGAGCAGCUUGGGAAUCAUUAGCGGAGAAAUGUCUGCAUUUACUAUUUUGAUGAAUUGACAGGAAUCGCAAACUUUCCUGGUUACCGCCCCCUGGCCCUGUGGCAUGGGUGUUUAUUUAGCCACAUUAUUCCAGACAACAGAACGGGUUGCCAUGCAACAAUAAAAUAAACAUUAACUGGCGUGAAUGUUCUUUGUCUAGCAGCUAGCAGCAGUAAUGCCGCAGCAAUUAUGCCGAAAAGAAAAUGUACCUUUUCCAAAGAUUUACAGGGCACCUACCCCUUCCUCCGAGAGGUGCAGAACAAUGCGCACGAAGCCAACUGCACACACUGUAAGUGCUUUGUUCUUGUACUGAGUUGGGUAGCCUAUGCUGCAAAUGCUGUGCGCUCCUGUGGGGGCUUUCCUCGGGCUGUCGCCCCUCUCCUCCUUUACUGCUGUUUUGUUUGAGUGUAUAUUUACGGAAGCCGCGAGAGGCCCUUCAUAUAAUCUUUUUUCAUUCACCUUAUCCCGAGAUAACGACAUAAUUAAUUCAGGAUCUCGAGAAAACAACACAACUAAUUAGAGAUCUCGAGAAAACAAAACCGUUAUUCCGAGAUCUCGAGAUAACAAAACAAUUAUUUCAUGAUCUCGGCUGGAUCACUGUAUCUCCGUCGGUAGAGACGAAGCCGGGCCAGUCUUCUGCGGAGGUGCCGCGGACUAAUUUUGAAAUGAUCCCUUAUUAAAAGACUUAAUGCAAUCUCUCCCUGUGUCAACCCCUGAUCAAAAUAUUGCCUUAUUAGGUGAUCGAUUAUUCCAGACAUUCUAAUGACCAAAGUUGCGUCUAUACAGAAUGAGAAACAGCCCCAAAGUCAGCAUAUCACAAGUCUCUUGGCGUUCCUGAAUGAACCAUUUCUCAGCUGUUUACUCGAGAUCAUGAAAUAAUUGUUUUGUUUUCUCGAGAUCUCAAAAUAAUGGUUUUGUUUUUUCGAGAUCCUGAAUUAAUUAUGUCGUUAUCUCGGGAUAACAAGGUGAAUAAAAAAGGAUUAUAUGAAGGGCCUCUCUCGGCUUCCGUAGUAUAUAUUCUCAAAUCACUUGUCUCUUUUUUUGUUUCUGUUUAACACACCAUUCUGACAGUUUGGCCAUAUUGCUGUGUUGAACAGCUUGUUGCACCUUCCAUUAAAGUGUUCACUUUUGUCCA